AUGGCGAGCACCACGAGCUCUCCUCAGGCUGCUGUGCAACUCAGUGGUAAUGAAAGGGAGGUCAUAGAAAGAAAGCUUAGUUUAUCGCCUGAUCCUGUAGACUUGGAAAAGGACCUCAGUGAUUUUUAUGAGAUUUCAAGGUGUGUGGGUGCCAUUAAAAGUGGCAACUUUGAAAAGGUGAGGCAAAUGUUCUUUAUUUAGAGCACAGGCGGCCCAGACGUAGUAUGUGUCACUGAAUGAAUAUAUUAAUAUUCACAUGGACAAAUUAAUGCGAUGAGUCGUCGAAACUCCCAUGGACUGAAAUAGUCUAAAAGUCAAAAUAUAACAAAACAAAGCUAAGAUACCUUCAACUGAACGUAUCCUUGUCUUUCCUGGCCGGUUUAAGUGACAUUUUGUUGAGUUUUGAAAUUGUAGGUACUAUCCACUAAAGAAGAAUUAAAGGCUGGCUACAAAACAAACAGACCAUCUCCACGCGCCUUCACACGAAGCGCUAUAAAUUCGAGAAUAAUCGACGAAUCCGCUCCAAAUAACCAUCGGCUAAUCUGCAGGUAACGUGUGCUCCUCCUUCUGGCUCGCUUGCUCCACAAAACCCAUCGCAACUGCACAAUAAUUGCUCGCAAAUCAACAACCACUGUUGACCUUUACGCUUCGAUAUGACCGCAAAACGACCAGGUUUAAUACGCUAAGUGAACAUUCAAGCUUAGCGACCGCGUUCGCGCAACAAUGCAGCACUUGCUAUCGGAGGGAUGGUACUAUUGCUUCCAGGUCAAUCAAUCGGGAAAAUAAUAUUGAAGCCCUUGUAAUUUUUAAAAAGAUCCAAUUUGCCCAAGGAGCACCGAACAGAUACGAACAUUAUAGUGGAGCUAAAAAAAAUGAGCGGCAGUGGAAAAAGUGAACAAGAACAUGUACCACAUUUUCUCCAUAAAAAGUGAAAACCAGGAAGUUUUCUGGACAUUUCAUGUUGCAGUCAUGCAAAUCAACGGCAAGGAAAUGUACAAGAAAGUGUGCUGCAAUCAGACCUAUUGUUGUUUUUCACAGUUCUGGUCAAGGGCAUCCAACUUUUAAUUUUUCACAUUUCACUCACCGGGUUAGGCUAUUUUUCGUAGAGAGUAAAAUGGAAUCCUAAAAUUUUCAGAUUCAAAAAUGUGAUGAAAGAAGUUAUCUGAAAAAUUAUCUCCUUCGUAAUACGUUAAAUUGCAUCUAAAAUUUUCGGGAAAAUGAUUCUGAAUUCCUCGUAAUUUCGAAAAGACUCAAGUUCCUCUAGAAUGGCCGAAGACUGAGAUGCAAAUUUUAUAGCGCCACUUAGAAUGCAUUUCUAUAGAGCUAAAAGUACUUUAUGAAUAGCUACAAAAGUUUUUUCAAUUGAAAGUAUUUGAGGAAACAGUCAUUGGGUGGCCCUGUCUCGUUGCCUUCUCCGCUUAGCAUUACACAAUAUAUUUUAUAUUUAGUAUGAGCAAACUAUAAAUCAUUGGCUUCGCUUUUAGCCCUCCUGACUAAAUUUAUGUAAGCGCUGUUUAGAAUGCAUUUUUCGAUCAAAAGUACUCUGGACAGCCUUAAAUGUGUUUUCAAUGCAUUUAGGGGGAAAUCAUCUUUGGGUGCUCCUGAGUUUUGAGAAUAAUAAUAAUAAUAAUAAAAGAUAUCGCGCACAUAAAUUUUACUUUACGAUAUCUUCAGCUGUAUCUUCUAUUCAGCUGCAUAGCGGGGGCCAAAUUUUGCCUUUUUCCUGGACAGAAAAUUCUCGUCCUCCUUCACCAGUUUGGACAACAUAUUAUGGAGUAAGACGUUGUUAAGUAAGCAAAUAAGUCUGGUAGAGUCAAGAACCUAUGCAAGCGGCUCGACGAACAAUGUGACAGCCGGCUGAGACAGCGAACGUUAGAAGAGUUCGAACUUGAAAACCAGGGCUGCCCUGUUGAAAACUUACGGACGGUCCCGCGAUCACCUUUUGUUUUCUGGUCAAAACUAACGCAGCGAACCUUUGGUCAGUCGAUUGACCUAGAAGCAAUAGUACCAUCCCUCCCAUAGCAAGUGCUGCAUUGUUGCGCAAACGCAGUCGCUAAGCUUCAAUAUUCACGUCGCGUAUUAAACCUGGUCGUUUUGCGGUCAUAUCGAAGCGUAAAGGUCAACAGUGGUUGUUAAUGAGCGAGCAAUUAUUGUGCAGUUGCAAUGGGUUUUGUGGAGCAAGCGAGCCAGAAGGAGGAGCAUACGUUACCUGCAGAUUAGCCGAUGGCUAUUUGGAGUGGAUUCGUCGAUUAUUCUCGAAUUUAUAGCGCUUCGUGUGAAGGCGCGUGGAGAUGGUCUGUUUGUUUUGUAGCCAGCCUUUAAUUCUUCUUUAGUGGAUAGUACCUACAAUUUCAAAACUCAACAAAACGCCACUUAAACCGGCCAGGAAAGACAAGGAUACGUUCAGUUGAAGGUAUCUUAGCUUUGUUUUGUUAUAUUUUGACUUUUAGACUAUUUCAGUCCAUGGGAGUUUCAACGACUCAUUGCAUUAAUUUGUCCAUGUGGAUAUUAAUAUAUUCAUUCAGUGACACAUACUAGGUCUGGGCCGCCUGUGUUUAGAGUCAAUAAGCAUCUACUAAUGAGAUUAAUAUUGGGCUGCUCCUUUUAAUAUCCGUAUCCCCCUGGUUGAGGAGGUACCUUUUCUUCUUACCCUUGAAGACUGAAUAAAAUAACUGCAUUCACCCCUGAAGACUUCCAUUAAACAUGGGUCUACUACCCCCUGAAGAAUAUGGGUCUACCCCUGAAGAAUUUCGUGGAAAUUAAAGCCUUACCCACAAAGCAUUCAUAUAUCCAUAUUUUUUUUUACUCUACCCCAUAAGAAAUCCUCCAUAUUUAUAGCGUACUACUGAAGAAUAGCACUGGUCAUCAACCAGGGAGGUACAGAUAUUACAGUCAAACCAGGAAAAACGUGAACACCAAAAAUAUUUCUGGAAUGUUAUUGUGUUGCUUGAAAAAAUCCAAUCAGGCAUGAGAAAACUGAACUGCCAGCAAGAAUGUUAAUUAGUUUGAGGUUUUGUGGCUAGUUUGCAUGUCCUGAUCUUUGCAGCGAUUGCUCAUAAGUGUUGUUAUCAGGACUGAGUGGAGUCCAAUUCGGUCUGUAAUCAUACGAGUGAUUAACAAAAUCAGACGACCGCGUAGCGGAAGUCCGAUUUGUUUAAUCACGAGUAUUAUUACAGACUGAAUUGGACGACACAAAGUUCUGUUACCAAUUAAUCGUAACUUUAACAAAAUUUGUGAUAUAAUAGGCUAUUUUUUAAAUCAAAACACAAGAAAUUCGAAAUUUUGUUUUGCUAGCAGUGAAAAAAAAAAGCCAUUUAAGCACGUGCGUGAUGGCACGUACUGUCCAAUUACUUAGGCAUGAUGCGUACUGUCCUAUUAACUGUCCAAUUAAGGCUUAAAUCAGGGCAGUUGAUAGCCAAUCAGAUUUGACAAUUUUGUUCUAGUUAAGAUUACACCAUAAACGUUCCUGAGAUAUUACAAAUGUUCACUCUUUUCCCAGUUGCACUGUAAAUGCAAAGGUGGCUUGUACAGUUUCCUCCUUUUUUGAUGGUUUUAACUUUAAAAGGACAGAGCUAAAAAGCAAGACAAAGUCAUAGGAGCAAUUUUUCAGAGUUGGAUUGUACAAAGAAUGCUUGACUUAAAAUAAUUAUUAUUUUGUCAUUAGCAGUUACCGUGGCAAUGUAUCUGACAGGUUGUUUUAACCUACUUUUUAACUUUCAGCACUGAUGACUAGAAAACUAAGCCAGUUACCCCUACUUUUUUGGAUGACAAGUUUUGGCAUUAGAGAAAGAAAAUGUACAGUGAUUUUAAAAAAAUUCUGCAGAGCGGAUUUUUUGCAAAAGUGGAAAAUAGGACAUUUCCUCACAGUUGAAAUUUCCUUCUGUAGAAGUUUUUCAUUUUUUUUCUGACAUUUCCUUACAGUCCUCUUAACAUGUGGUUUGGAAUUUCUUCAGGUUGCACUCCAGUUUCCAGAUUCUUUUUUGGCUGAUUCAGCUGCUGUCACUUCUUUGAUUGAGAAUAAAACUUCAAAGAGAGCUUUUGUUUUAGCAGAUACAUCAUAUGGAAGGUAUGGAAAAUACUCUUUGUAACAAGCUGUACUCUCCUAUGCAGAAUGACUGAACCUUUUGUAGGAAUUUAUCAACGCUGACCCAAACAGCCAGUGGUGGAUCCAGGCCUUCAGAUAAAGAGGAAGGCCUGGUCAUCCAGACCCUGAGAUAAGGGGGGGGGGCAGUCUCAAAAAAACAUUUUUUUGGCCCUUUGGGCCUCAGUUUGGUCUAAAAAUAACGGGGGGCAGGCCCUCCCCUGGAGCGGCCACUGACAAUUUCCCCUUUUAAUAGGCUGAAAGGGUUGUUUGUUGUACAACAAUACUUUGGGCAGCUGAACAUACAUUUUAAGCAUGAAGUUUGGGCAUUGGACCAUAAAGUGUUUUAUUUCCUGUUGCUCAACAGACGUAUUUCCUUUCCUCUGUGACAAGAAAUGUUCGAUCAUUUUUGUGGAUGCUAACAUUUAAAAGUUAACAGGAAUUUUGUGCAACAUCCUAGUUAGAUCAGUCAACAGUUUCAACAAUACUGAGAGAGGUGCUCCCUUAUGUGGCCUAUACAGGGAUGUGCCGCUGGACAGGGUAUGGUUUUUUACCUCUCUGUCCUAAACAGGGUAUACAAUUUCCUGUGAGUUUGUCCUAAACAGGGUACAUAAUUUCGUUUUAGUCUGUCAACAGGGUAUUGCCAGCUGGAUGAUUGAUUUGAUUUGCUAGAUGAAUUUUGUUUGUACUCCAGGUAUAAUAAUAAUACAAUAAUAGUACAAGAAUUUAUGUAGUGCCAUUUCCGUGAAUUUCCGUCAAUGCCAUGACCUGUAUAACGUGAAUUUGCUCUAUAGCAAUUGCCAGUAAAUGGCUUAAGUUAAAACGAGAAGGCAUGCAUUUUGUCCUUUGUCCCAAACAGGGUAAUAAAAUUGAGGGAAUUGUCCUAAAGAGGGUGCUUAUUUUGUGUCUUUUAGCUGUUGUAUAGAUGAAGUGGCGGCAGAGCAUGUGAAUGCAGACUUGAUCAUCCAUUAUGGUAGAGCUUGUUUAAGCCAGUGAGUGUCAACUCAGGCUGCUAAUUACCUUUGAUAGUGGGUGGCUUGAGAACUAACAGCUGAGACUUCUAGAAGAGGUCAUGUUUCAGGUUAUGGGAAGUACAUUGUAUGACCUUUAUUAGCUCACAAUUCUCUAGAAAGGGUUUUAAUGUUAAUGUAACAGCUAUUUAAGGGGGUCACAGGUCUUAGUUUUCUAACAAUGCUCUGAUAGCUAUUAUCAAACAUGCCUGGUGCCAUUGUUGCUUGUCUUACACUCUAUGUCCCUUUUUUGAUGGUAGUUUACCAUUAUUAUUGGAAACUGAAGGAAAAACUAAUGGAGGUUGUCAUUUGUAGCAAUAUAAUUUUAUUUUACAUGUAUGUGCUUCUUCUUCAUUAAGGGCUAUGGUGGUCUAAAUCAGGAACCCAAAUGGAAUUCAAACUCCAGGCCUUUUACUUUGCAAUUUCUUUUAGUAGCUCUGUGACCUUGACUAUUUGGCAUCAUACUACUCUCAGAACAUAGUGUUACAACAAGAAGAAAUUUCCCUUGAUGCACAGGUCACCCCUUUUAUAAAAUCAUUUGCAUAGAGGUUUAUUCACAUGAACAGACACAUCUACUUUAAUUCAUGGCCUAUCCACUGUUUUCCCACCAAAGUUUGCCCAGUGCUCAUAAAUUUAAGGGUGGCAGCUAAGUUAACAAGGAUUAUAUUUUGUAAAUUGUUCUUUUAUUAGGACUAGAAGGCUUCCAGUGUUGCAUGUAUUUGGUAAAUGGCCAAUUGGCAUUCAGCAUUGUUCAGAGCAGUUUCGACAGCUGUUCCCAGAUCCUUGUGUUAAGGUGCUGGUGUUUUGUGAUGUAAUGUACAGUCACUGUAUUGGUAAGUACUCAUUAAUACUCUAUCUCCCAUACAUCCUUUGAAAUGGUGUUAAAGUGCUUAAUUUGCAGCUGCAGGUAUAGGUGAGGGUGCCCAGUAUUAGGAUUAGGGUUAAUAAGCUUCAAGUUACAGGAGCUUUAGUUAGUGUAUUGUAAAGACAAAAGUGGAGCUGUCUGAGGAAAUGGAGUUGAAAGGGCUGUUAUAGGUCAGAAAAUAUUUCCAGCUUCCAAACAUGCAAUAGUAUAAUAGUGCCAUGAAACCAAUGGACACACCCUCUUGAUAGAAAUGGAUGCCUCAUUAAAAGACUUUUAUGAUGCAUCCAGCAGUUCAUAGGUGCAAGGAAUGGUUUAUAAAAAGAAAAUUAUUGACUUUGAAAAAGUUCCCACUGUGGUUCAAAUGAAACAGGAUGUGUUAACCGGCUAGUUGUGCUUGUCAGUGAAUGUUUCACAUGUGACUAGAGUAUUUCUGAAUUUAUGUUAUUAUGUCAUAUGGAUGCCUAGCAUGCCAGAGCAGGUGCCUAAAAGGGUGUCUGCUCUCAUAGGCAAAUGGUUGAGAGCGCUAGUAUUUUAUAUUUUCUUAUUAUUGAGGCAAACAUUAUGACAUCAUAAAAAUCUUUCAAAAUUCCUUCCUAUUAAUUUUUUGAUUAUUUCAUUCAAUAUUAAGUCGUGCUUGUCUUGUCAAUUUAGUAUCUACAGCUGAAUUUGUGUUUAUUUUCUUACUUGUUUCAGGAGAAUUGGAGAAUUCUAUCAAAGGUUAUUAUCCAAACAUAAUAUUCUCCAAGCUGGUGUAUUCCAGUUUCGAAAAUGAACUCAAAGGGGAAAAUUCUGCAAAUACAAUACAGAUGCAUUCUGUAGAGGGCAGGGAUGAACAAGGUGAUACCAAGAAACCUGAGAAAAAUUACUUUAACAAGUGAGUAUUGGAUGCAGACUUCUCAAAAGUCAAAAUAAAUCAUUCUUUUCUGCGAAGGAGAUCUGAAUUUACCAGUGCUAGAACUUUUGUAACCAAGUUUUAGUUUUUUUCAAGAAUUACUGGCAUUUAAACAGCUUAAACUUACACUUGACACAGUGCUUUGUCUGAUUCCCAGACAUCUCCAAAACUGUUUUGGUGUCUGCCUAUUUGCUGAAAAACUGCGACACUCAUUUAAUUGUUUACGUCAAGCCAGGCUUAUGCUUUUAAUCCCAGCAUCAUUAAAGUACUCUUUCAAGUGUCCGUAUGAUGAUGAUGAUGAUGAUGAUACCUUUAUUUAAGUGUCAAACUGUAAAAGCAUUGUAGAGCCAUUAAGUGGGGACACUAAAAUAAAUUUAAAAGAAUAAAUAAAUUAAUUAAUUAACUAUUUAAUCGAAGAUGAAUUAGCAGAAUGUUAAGAAAUAAAAAGAAAUUAAGAAAAACUAUAUAUAACGUAUGUGCAAAUAUCUAUUUGGGAGAACUAUAUACAAUAUGUACAAAUGUGUUCAUAAUCAUAUGAAGUUAAGAACUGCAAAGAGAGCAGUUUGAGCAAUUAUUGUCUCCCAAUAGUAUACUGAGAUCCACUUUUCUGAUGUUAUAUUUGAAAGAGGACAAUAUGGACGUUUUUGUCACAUUACUAGGAACAGAGCUCCCAUACCUUUGGGCCCAUAUACCUAAGCAGGUGCUUUCCAAAGGAGACUGUGUUAAAUCUGGGUAUAGUGAAGUCAUGAUUGCAAAAUUUAUACUUAAUUGCAGGCUGUUCAAAUAGAGAGCUAAUGUGUGUGGGGCACAUGUUGUUUUUAACUUUAUACAUGAGAAUAGCUAGUAUGUCCUGUACUAGUUGCCAGUUUUGUAGAGUAGAUAGCCCAGCCAUAGAUAGUAAUUGACCAUAGGAAGAAUGUUCAUUGUUCAUCACAAUAUACAGCCCUAAGUGCUCUUUCUUGGACAUGUCUUGUCUAGUUUCGCUAACAAGGCAAAAAUGCCACACGAGAUGACAGUAGGUUAAAUAUGGGAGAACAGCUGCCUUAUAUUACUGUAAGUUAUAAAGGAAACCUAUAGUAGUUCUCAUCUGUCUUGUAGGUUUGGCCGUGAAUUUAGGCUUCCAUUGGAGACACAGUUAGAGGAUUACAGUAUGUUUUAUAUUGGUGGUGAAAGUUUGUGUUUAACAAACUUAAUGAUGUUCUAUAACAAAUGUCAGGUAUGUUGGAGACUUUAAGUGUUAUUAUUUUGAACUAAUAUUUUGAAAUUCUAAUUAAGAAAUUAUUAAUUCUAUAAAAUAAUGAUUUGAUCAUCAAAAGAAAGUAAUACAAGAAGCAAAGCUGUGUAGCAGAGAUUCUUCGUAGACUGAGAUAGCCAGUAAUCAGUUUAUAGGUAAUAAAGUGCCUAUAAUCAUUCACAAAUAAAUUCUUUGAGAUUGUUGUCUUUGCUAUAAAUAUUUUAUGAUGACUACUUGGCAUGAGUUUUCUUGCAUGUGUAAUUAAGUCACUAAAUAGACCUUUUUACCGAUACGGCGGCCAUAUUGAAUUCAUUCGAUUUAAGGAGUAUUAUAGGAUGCCCAGGGGGCAUAGGCACAUUUUGUUUGUAUUUUCGAGGGCUUUUUGGGACAUUCCUUCUUAAUGUUUUCUAAGAAUAAGAUUGUAAUUUGGAAACAAGAUCCUUGUGCCAUGUUUGGAUGUAAUAAUGAUCCCCUUUUUCCUGAGAAAUAUGUAGUGAAAGACCAUAUUUCUAAUACUAAACUAGAAAAAGGCAAUCAUUUUUACAUCCAAACACGGCACAAAGAUCUUUUUUCCUAUUACAAUCUUAUUCUAAGGAAACUUUAAGAAAAAUGUCCCGAAAAGCCCUCGAAAAUACAAACGAAAUGUGCUUAUGCCCCCUGGGCAUCCUAUAAUACUCCUUAAAUCAAAUAAUUCAAUAUGGCCGCCGUAUCGGUAAAAAGGUCUAUUGACACUAAUUUAGGAUCAUUGAAUUGUAUUUAAAAAGACAAAAACAAUGACUCACCAGCCAAUCUUCCUGGAACACCAAGGAAAUAGCCUUUUUCUAACCUGCCUCAACUUGGGAACUUAAUGGAGGGUUUAAUUUACAGGUGUUACUCACAUCUUAACCCCUAUUCUGUACCCAUCUUGAUAUUAGUGUGCCAAUCCUUGAUUGUAGUCGAUCAUAAAUUGAAAUCUUAGACUGAUGCACUAAUUGAUUAUGGGAAAUGCUCAAUUGAUUAUGGCGUGAGAAAAGUAACAUUGCUGUUAGCAAAUGAACAUGUUAGAAAUUCGUGCAUUUUCUUUUUAAUGGUCACACAAUUAAGGAAGUAAAGAGAAUUUGAUCAUCUGAAAUCAAAGGAAAAAUUUUGAGCUCCAGGUGAGGAUCGAACUCACAACGCUCCAAGGUCUAGAUCAGAUGCUCUCAUGGCUGAGCAGCUACAGGAAACCUUUGGCAAGCAGGGAGAAAUUAAUCCACUGAUGUCCGCUGACUGAUACAUUUGGUACAUUUCUGCUUCAUUCUAAAACAUUUUAUAGGGGCCGUCAGCAUCCUAAAUAAAAUUCUUGUAAAGAAAAUUUACGAUUAUAAUCAAUUUUCAAUUUGGGUUUGUCAUUCUGACGAUUUCCAAUGAUUGAUCAUGAAAUGUCCGUGUAUUCCCAAUGCUACUGUAGGUACAGCCCCACCUACACCCUGCAAACUGAAAACUUAGAGGAUAAUGUUUUUGUUACUUUGUUUCUAUCAUAGUUUUAUUCAUAUGAUCCUGUUACUGAUGUAGGAAGGAAGGAGACGGUUAGUGUUAAUAAAGCUCUCAUGAAAAGGUGGGUAACUUGGUGUUUAUCAUUGCUGAAAGACUUGUAAUCUUUUUCACUACAAACUUCAAACCUCCUUAUUGUGGAUACCAAAAGACAGAGCCAACUUUCCACGCUACAGAGGCAUGCUUGUAUAGAAAUACAAACUGUGUGAGAAUUGCUCCCUUUGGAACAAAUAAAACCAUCCAUGAUAGGGAGAUCAUCCAUAUUAUGCAGGUGUCCAUAAGAAGAGAUUCGACUGUCUUCAAUGUAAAAAUCCUUAAUGACUGUGCCCAAAUAAUGAAAUGAUUGCUUCUUCACUGGCUAAGCUGUUUAACAUUAACUUUCUAGAUGGCUAUUUUUAUGCUAUUUAAUAUUAGUUCUGGUAAUGAAGGGCAAAAGGUGUACAACCUAAAAUUUCCUUGUCUAAUAUAAAUAGGUAUUAUAUGAUUGAGAGAGCUAAGGAUGCACAAGUGAUUGGAAUCGUAGUUGGAACACUAGGUGUAGGUAAAUAUGGCUUAUUAUUCUAGUGAUAAUGUAAUAGCAAUUUGAUGAUAUCAACAAUUCAGAGACAAAGAGCUACUUGUUGUGUUCUCCAGAAAAUUUAAAAUAGAAGGAGUAAAAAAUUAAGUAGAUGGCAAAAGAGUAGCUCCAUUGAAAUAGGGAGUGCCUGCAAUGUGGUACAGCUGCAUAUUAUGGGUUAGGCAUGAGAGAGAUUUGACUCCCUUAAAUUGGGGAGUUUUAAUUUUGGAGAACCUGGAAAUUGACUUUUAGUACAUUUUGAAUGACCAGGCUACAAAUUUUAGCUAGCCAUGAGGUUAGCUCCUUUAUUUACCAACAUUUACUUUUAUUUUAUAUAUCAUAUAUUUGUUUUUAUUGAACAAAAGUCUUGAGAAACAAAUAAUAUGGAUUUAUUUAUUUGAAGUUAAAAGUUAUUUUCUCUGAGUUGCUGGCGCUUCUGUGUUUGGUGAUUUUCACCAAUUGCCAAAGCUUUAGGAGAACCCUUGUAAAUAAUUUGCAAAAGAAAAACUUGUUAGUUUGCAAAUUAAUGUAUUAAACGUCAAAUGGUUGCUGAUCAUGGUCAUCUCUUUUUCCACAGCUGAUUACUUACAAUCAAUUGAACGACUUAAAAAGGUUAUAAAGUUGGCAGGAAAAAAGGUACCUUCCACUUGAUUGAAAAGGGAUUUCUAAGCGAUAAUCAUAUUACCAUUAAUUUAUAUUACGUAACUCAAGAUUUUUUUGUUAUCAAGAUAGAACUUUCUGUAACGUAUGAUAAAUUUAGCUAUGUAUUCAUGAUAGCUAUAAAUCUGCAAUAGCUUUGCAUUUACUUUCUCAAGAAUUUUUACAUUCACUGCAUGCGUUGGCUGUUAAAUGCACCUGUAGAAUGUAUCCUAAAUUGUGUUUUAGUUCUUUGUUCUGUAAGCUGUGAAGCCUUCUUUUCAGCUUUUUCAAACCACCUUUUUAGUUUCUUUUUAUUACAGAAUGAUAUGCAUUUAAAUGCAAUUGCCUACAUUUUAUUGUCUACACCAUCGUGCCACAUAACCUUGUUUGGUCCACUUGUGAAACAAAAAUUAGUUUUGUUCUUAUCAAUUGAUUUACAACUGCAUCAGUUAAGAUAACACAUAUGGGUAUUCUUUUUUCAUGGAGUCAUAAAAGGACACUUUUUGCGAUGGGUAAAUGCUUUUCCUUUCUCAUUAUCUUUGACAUCUCCCACCCAAGUAAUUUCUUUAUUUCUUACGUUUUUUACAUUGUUUUUUAAUAGUCUUAUCUGUUUGUCAUGGGGAAGCUGAAUGUAGCAAAAAUGGCCAACUUCAUGGAGAUUGAUGUUUUUGUGUUAGUAGCCUGUCCUGAAAAUACUCUAAUCGAUUCUAAGGUAUUUAUAUAUAUUUUAUUUAUUAACAAUAACAAUAAGAGGUUCCUUACACAGUUUGUAUAAUUCAGUGAGAUAUCUGCAAUGCAAUUAUAGAUUUUGCUAAAUUGAGGGCGGCAGUUUCCGUCUGUCAUAACUGACAGGCCAGACCUUUGCCAACGUAACGAGAAUCUCACUUUUAAUCAAAACUAUCCAGCCAGAUCAGUCAAAUCUUAAGUAUGUACGAGGGAAAUGGUUUUUCAGCAAAAACCCUUGGAAAAAGCCUAUUUCAUUUUCAGAAUAACUGGUUCAGCCAUGGUGCCGCCGGUCAGUUCUAACUUUUGGAAGGUGCCCAAAGACCAAGAGCCAUAAUGGGAUUUGCAAAGACUAAAUGCACUUCUAAGUGUUCUUUUUUAUCACUCAAUUGUUGUAAUAUAAAAUUCCCAUUAUCUACAUGUUAUUGUGUUAAAAGAAAAUUUUUUGGCGUAUUACGUUUUGCUUCAAACUAAACAAGCAGAUCAAUGAUAAUACUUUAAAGAACUUAUAGUCACAAAUACCCACACCGCUAAAAGCUAUAAAUCAUUAAUAUUAAAAGAAUAAUUAGCAAAUAAAAAGGUAAACUUUUAUUAGUCUAAGGCAAACGUACAACAGAAACGUAAGGUCAAAUCAAGUGGAACAUGUUCGGUUGCUUUUGUUAAAAGUGAUUGUAAGUGAUAGUGAUAAUAAUUUAUUAUUGUGAGUUUUUUAUCUAUUUCCAGCGUCAUCAAGAAUAAAAGUAUUCAUAAUUUUUUUCUGGGGUUACCCUUAUUCAAUGUUUGUUGAGUUCUCACAUUUCAUUAAACAGGAAUUCUACAAACCAAUAGUAACACCUUUUGAAAUGGAAUUAGCUUGUAUAAGGUAGGAUUGAUAACAACUGCAAGCCAUUUUUGUAUCUGAGUAAAGAGCACGUUUCUUUGAUUCUUGCGAAGCUUGCUUCCCCCUUUUUUUACCCCAACAGAAAAUUUAAAGUAAAGCUCACCGCAUGGGCGUCCUGUUUACUCUGCAGUAUAUUAAAAUGGUCGAAUUCUUCAUAUUACCGGUAACUAAGUAAAUAACACAUUUUCUUGAAUUAUUACGAAACUUAUUUUCCUCUUUUACUCCUCUAAAAGAGUCACUCGUCAGAAUAUUUUAUUCAGGGGACCUUGACAAGGUCUGCCUACGCUGUUGGCCUGCAAAAGAACAGGAGCUUCAGUCUCUUUGGAGUAAACAGGAAUACAUUUUAUUUUGUAAAAAUGUAUGGACAAAAUUCAAUGGUUUGACCAUUCAAUAAAACCAUCUUGGCAGUUACUGAUCAGUAUUUUCACUUUGUACAGUUGCAAGAUUCGGAAUAUAAAUCUUUAUUCUUAACCACUCUCAACAUGCAUGAAAGCUAAUUAAGUUCGAUAAUAUUAUAAAUUACAACAACUGAAGCAGGUUCGAUUUAUCGUCUGUUUAUUCAAAUUGUUAGGGAACGGGAAUGGACAGGGGAUUAUAUCACUGAUUUUAGAGAUCUCUUACCAGGUUUGAGCUUAACUUUGUUCUUUUUUUUUUAUCCGUUGACUGAGGUAAAAGGGAAAUUUGAUCUCUAAUGAGUAAAUGUGUUUGUUUUCAGGUGCGAGUGCUUCUGUCGGACUAGACGAAGAGGUAAGACAAACCGUCAACUAUUCUUCAAGCCCCAAACGGGCAAUAAUUGUUUUAUCUCAUACCGCACACACAUUACGUGUGUAUUUGUGGGCAAAAAACAAAAACAAAACAACAACAGCAACAAACAAACAAACAAUUAAACAGGCAAACAUUGUCAGACUAAAUGCUAGAAAGAAUUCCUGGUGUUACUGGGCCUUUUGAAAGAAGAAACGAGAAACAAAGUCGUAUUUUGUUGUGAGGAUUAAAUGCAUGUUUACAAGCCCAACAUGAGUAAUGUAUUGAGAAACAAUACUCAAGUGGACGUACUACUUCUGCGAUAAAGGCAAGUCACCAGAUUCUUACCUUUUUGGUGUGAUGUCAUAACGAUAUUACCGACACAAUCAAAUACUGUACAGGGAAAGAUGUAGAUAUUUAGCGUCAUUGUUCAGAGGAAUCUACUCUGACCAUCUCUUUAACAUGAAUGAAAAUCGCGAACCAGACUUGUCACAGACUCUCUUUUUUCUCAAUGAAUCUCGAAAGAGCACACGACAAACUGCGAGAGCAACGCGCUCGACCACGAAGCACGAGGGCCACCCGCGCGCGAACUUUCGUUCAUUCCCAAGGCUCGUCUAACUUACGCGUUUUAUCGAAGAAAUAAAUACCAGUAAAUAGUCCAGUCACAAGUCAGUUUUCAAAUCCUGACGUGGUUGUUUGUUAUUACACAGGGAACCGACCAGUCCAGUGAUAGUGCAGAUGUAUCUCUGAUAACUGGAAAAUUAAGAGUCACUUACGAUUCAUCCAGGGAAGAUGCAGGUUAGAGAGUUUACACGUGAUAAAAUUUGCAGUUUUAAUGUUCUUAACAUCAUGUUUGAGACGCUUCAGUGAGAAUUGCAAGUGUAAACCAGAAGAGGAUAAAGUCUCCCUCGCGCGCUCCCGUUCUCUCUUUCGCCCACUACUUCCAAGCGCCUGCUACGCAGGCUAGUGCUUUAUCGUCGCGAUACCUCAUAGCUUUGAAUAUAUAUUUCGCCGGACGUGAUUCGCAGCAAAUAUUGCAGCAGAAUCUCACGAAAAUCGUCCUUAAAUUAUGUCUGACUUGUACCUUUGGGAAAGUUUGCAUUGAAAAUCGCGACAAAAGAUCAUUAUUCUCCUUGCCAAUAAGGGAUUUAAUCUCUCUUAGGUAAUUAUUAAAAAAGCUUUUUCCUCAGUUUGUCACCUACCCCCAAAAAGGGAAAUCAGUUUCACCGAUCAUCUAAAAGACCUAAAAUCACUUUAAUAAACUCUGAUUGAUGGUAGAUCACAAUAACAAAGUUUCAUUUCACUCUUAUAUUGUCAUUUUGUACUACUGCAGUACAAGCUCUAUUUUGGUCUGUUUUUUUUUUCACUUUAGCUGGUCAUUCUUCCACAUCACUGGUCGAGCGAAAUCAGGAAACGACGUUAUCAACUCAGCACCACACUUCUGCAGGUUCGAGAUGUUCUUAACUUUUCCCCGUAUUAGUUUCCCUUCCUGGUUUGGCAAAUUCGUGGUAUUAUCACGGUUCGCAGUGUACUGCGAAAUACUUAAACUAAUAUAAAGUAAACAGAGGCCUUUCCCACGUUUAAGCAAUUUUUAAAAGAACUUCUUUCAUUGUCUUAAUUAUUGUUAUUGGCUACAUGCAGGAGCACCGCGCGUGAAGCCUUUUACUGACAAGAUUACUUUAAAUCUAGCGGAGUACCUAAGCUCAAGAUCUUGGAGAGGGCUGGAGCAAAAGCAAGGUGAAACACCAGUAACCAAAGCAGUGGAGGGGAGAAAAGGUAUUGCGGCAGGGUACACACACGAGGAGGGACAAAAACAAGAUAGUUCAGAGAGUACCUCCAGUUAA